UGCUGCUUAUGAUGGAGUCUGGAGGGUUUCAGCCUUCGCUUGGUUCAGGGCACCAUCACGGCUGGAGUAGCCCCGCUUCGACCCAGUCGAGCACUGGAGGUCGCUUCCAUCGCACCCAGAAUCGUGGAAGCUACAAACAGAUGCACGAGACCAGAGAAAACUGGUUUCUAGAGGAACCCAGAGUCAUGGCUGACGUGCCCAGAGGCGGUCUGGAGUCUCCCACCGCUCUGGGAGCUCACCAGUCUUGGUUUUCCAUGACCCAGCCGCAGAGCUCUCACUCCACCUCCUCACCAGCACACGGUGGCUUCACGUUGGCGUCAAACCUCUCCGGCAACCAACAGCCGUACCUUCCUCGCUCCCUCUCUUCCUCGCUCCUCGUCCCGUCCCCCCUGCCUCCAUCAACCUCCCUCUCUGCAUCACCCGCCGAGUCCUCUUCUGCUGACCCUCUUCCUCCAGCUCUCUGGGGGGAGGUGAGGGGGAGAGGUGGAGAAGGAGAGGGAGAAGAAGGAGGAGGGAAAGACGGUCUCAACUGGCAGUCUCGUCCUCUCUGGCAGGAUGGUUGGGGAGCUCAAGGCCUCGUGUGUUCUGUCCCUCGCCUCCUGGAGCACCCUCCUACCUCACGUAGACCUCUUGAGCUGAGCAAUCUCCCCUCCCUCCUAGACCACCCCAAAGACAGAAGAGGUCACAACCCGGUACUCCAUUCCUGUGACCUCAAACAACACAUACGAGAUGUCAAGCACAUCUCUAUCAUGUCAGGCACCAAUUUUGCUCCCUCUGACCUUCCACCCCUGCCGGAACAUUUCGGUAGUUCAGAGGUCAGAAAGACUCCCCACACGGCGCACCUCACACCCGAGGUCAAUCCCCCGAGUGUGUUGAACCUUGACCCCAAGUCAGUGGCUCUACUGCUGAGAAAAAGCACGGCUACCAUUUGUUGUCACGCCGGCUACCACAGUGCGUCUCUCCGGGCUCUGGACACACUUGCAGGUGUGAUGGGAGAGUUUCUAAGUCGACUCUGUAAACAACUGAGUAUUCACAGUGAGAGGCAGGGCAACAGUGGACACGAUGACUUUAGAGCAAAUAUUCAGUGUGUUCUAUACAGUAGAAAAAUGUUAAGAGUAGAUAAAAAAAAAACAAAUAUCACAGAUAGAAUUUCCAUAGAUUUCCUUGUCCUGCUCCUAAAACGUGCAGAACUUUCUCAAACUGCAGCAGGUCCUCCAUUUUGUGGUGUAUAUUCUCCUCUCUGCAAGACUGUGUCAGUGAGUGUCAUUGUCUCAGGAUCCUCUGGAGAGGUGUCUGUGGAGCUGUGGGAUCCAGGGCAGGGCGGAGCUCCACUCGUUCUGGAGGACUGAGGUGGAGGAUGGCAUGAGGCGACUGCAGAAGACGGCCGCUCAGCUGCACGAGGAUCCGUCUCCCUCCUCUCUCCCUCCUCCUCCUCUCCCACCUCCGCGACCUCUCAGCCUCUCCUCCUGGCCUCCUGAUUUGGGAGGGGAGAAAGUGGAUGAGGAGAUAUCUCUGGAAGACACUCUGGCAACUGACAUGUCCAUCAUUGCUCCUGCAACUACCCCAGACCCUGGAUCACUUCAGACAUUCCUCCCCGAUCUGGCAGGCCAGGAACCCGAGGGGUUUGUUCUACUCACUCCCGACCUUGCUCCAAGGAAGAGGUCUCUCCUCGGUCUAUACUAUGGUAACUCACGUGCCUCUGUUUCUCCCCAGCAGGUUGAGAACUGGCAGCUCUUUUACAGAAUGAUUACUAUUCUCUCUCCGUGUGCGUUAUUAGGCGCAUGCGCAUGAGCUACGACCGUUUGCGCAUGCGCUAACUCCACCUGCUUGCAUGGAGAGGGCGUAGCUACAUUCGUAGAGCAAGCUCAACGCCUCGAUGUCUGACUCAGCGAAUGCAGGGCCUUCUCCAGAGGAGCAGGCUAGUAAGACAGACGAUCCUCCUCCGGGUACUGUCGAGGGGCCUGGUGGAGACGAAGGCUCAGUCCCUCCUGCCGAGACUGAGGAGGAGCACCCAGAAACGGAGCCACCACCGAGUAACGAGCAGUCUACUGAGCCGCACGUCGACAAGGCUGGGCCCAGUGUUGGGACCUCUGACACUCAGUCCGACCUUCAACAAGACUCCAGUCCUCAGCAGGGCGGGGCAGCAGAUCAAGAACAGGGCGGGGCAACACCUGGGAAAGGGACGCCACCCACCACCGAGCAGAGUCAGACCACACCCACCACCGAGCAGGCCACACCUCCUCCCCCACAGCAUGUGUUUCGAGACAACUGGUCCCAGCUGAGUCGAGACAAGCUCGUGGACAAAGUCAAGGGUGUAAUAUAUGGCCAAGCCAUUGGAGAUGCUCUAGGUCUAGCGACUGAGUUCAUGAACAAGACCGAGGCAGCUCACUACUAUGGAAAAGAAGGACCCUCUCAUUACUCACAGAUUAUCCAUGACUUCCACAGAUCCAGGUGGGUGCAGGGUGACUGGACAGACGACACGGAUCAACUACUGCUGAUACUCCAGAUGAUUGUGGAGAGAGGAGGGACAGUGGACAGUUGUGCUUUUGCCAAGAAAAUGGACAACUGGCGAAAGAGAGGGUUCAAAGAGCUUGGAGAUUACGGUGGGAUGGGUAUUGGGAUGACUGUGUCUAAUACUCUAUCCCACCACUCUUUUUUGACUGAUCCUCACCAGGCAGCUCAUGAGGUCUGGGAGAAAUCUGGUCGAUAUCUGGCUGCUAAUGGUGCCAUCAUGAGGACCGCGAUACUGGGAGUGCUGGAAUUCAAUAGGCUGGAGAGGGUGAUGGAGAACACGAGAGAGAUUUGUCUGACAACUCACGCUGACCCUCGCUGCCUCGCCAGCUGCGUCGCUGUCACUACAGCCAUUGCCCUCAUGCUGCAAGGCAAGUACAACCCACACCAGCCGAAAGAAUUGGAGCAACUUGUCACAGACGCACUGACUUUUGGACAGGAAAAGCUGAUACACAAAGACCAAAAGAAAGAAUUUGAGAAACACGUCAGAGCAAAAAAGCUGAAAGACUUGGACCUAGAGAACGCUCAUACAAUGGGCUACACAUUCAAGGCAGCAGGAGCUGGUUUCUUUGGACUGAGGACUGCCUCUGACUUCCUACCCACUCUCAGGAAGGUUAUCGCUGAGGCUGGAGAUGCUGACAGUAAUGGUGCAGUGUGUGGGGCUCUAAUGGGCUGCAAGUUUGGGUACAGUGGUCUUCCUGAAGGUCUCCUGGCCUUCCAACACAGAGCUUGGCUGGACACUCAGGUGGAUAAUUUUCUAACAACAAUUGGUCUCAAAGAUCUCAAAGAACAGUAGUUGGAUGGAGAUAAAAAGAAACAUUUUCAUGUACUUGAUUUUGCCCAGAAAAUGUAGUUUUAUAUAAUAUAUGCGUGCAGAAAGAUGAUUCUCUAAAGGAGUGAUAGGGUGAGGUCUGAAGAAGGUGGAAGGACUAUAAUAGGGAAAUGGAGAGGGCUCUAUUUAGGACUAGGGGGAGAGUAUGGAGGGAGCAGAACUGAAGAGCUCUCUCAAAACUGAGUCACUGGAGGCCAGGGCAGAAGACAUCUGCUGGG